AGGAUAAGAUUCUGUGCGAUCAGUGACACGUCAGACGCAUUUUAAGAACCUGGUUUUGCAGCUGCUAUUUUAGAUGGAGGGUUUUCCCUCCCCAUGUCAUCCUGCUGUGCACCUGAAUCUCCAGCAAUGGGAUUUUUAAGAGAAUAUAUUUUGAGUGCACAGCAGUAUUUCAUAGGCUAUAGCAGGAUAUAUUCCUAUAUACGUAGAGGCUGAGCGGACUGCUGCCUUUAUGCCUCAUAUACAGUAACACAAAGACUCAUCCCUAUACCCCUCCCACACAUAACACGCGCGCGCAUUCAUACACGCAAAUACACACUGCAUGCAUUUCUUUUCACCCAUGGCUUGCUAAAUGCUCAAAUACGCUGUUGUCAGACCGAAUUAAAUCCGCACCGCCGGUGGAUGGUAGUGACCUUGGCUGCAUCUGAUAGGGUUUUCAAUAUUUUAUUCACAAUUCCUCCGCUAUCUCCAUGGCUACAUCGGAUGGAAUAGACAAUUGUGUUCUGCAUCGAGGCAGAUCUCAAAGUGACCCGAACAUCCUCACCGAGUCCAGCAUCGAGCUCGCGCACAGCACAGAUGUGAGUGACCAGCAGAGGGCGCUGCAUGCAGGAUGCCUGAUGACAGGGGUGCGCACACCCCCCAUCCGGCGCAACAGCAAACUGGCCACCUUGGGGCGCAUCUUCAAGCCCUGGAAGUGGAGGAAGAAGAAGAAUGACAAGCUGAAGCAGAGUUCCACAGAAUUUGCUCUGGCCUGUGGACGGGGCCCUCUGGACCCUGGCACCCCACCACAGGGCCCCUCAAAUGGCGGUGAGAGGGCAGAGCUGACCCUGGGCCCUGCAGCUAAUCCCAGCACUAUUGAAAACCUGAACUCGUAUGAGGACCACUCCCACACAGGGCUUUUCGCAGUAGAAGACAGCCAGGCUGAUGUAGACUACACCCGCACUGCGAUGGAAGGGGAGGUUGCUGUAGACUACACUCACACUGCAACAGAGAACGAGGCUACGGUAGACUACACCCGCUCUGCAACAGAGAAGGAAGAGACACCCCUCCCAUUAUUCACUACCGCCCCUGAGGAUUUCCAUGGAAACCGUGAGGGGACAAAGGAGUGUGGCCUGGGUGCUGUCCACGGAGGGUCCAGGUCCCCUCCCCCACCUGACUUACCUGUGAAACUGCUCCUCAGACUGGGGGACUCUGAGGCAGAUGGAAGCAAGAUCUCCCCAUCCUCCCAGCCAAGGAGCUCCUGCCUCCCAGUCGAGACCCCAGGCUCAGUUACCCUGCAAGGACAGAUAUCCACCCCUACGGGAUCGCCCCACUUAGGCGGCCUCCACCCUCCACUGCCCCCUAGCUGCAUCAUCGAGGAACUGCACCGCGCCCUGGCCUCAAAACACCGGCAGGACAGUUUCCAUGGCAAAGAAGUUCGCUCCUCUGCAAAGCCUCUAUCAGAGGGCCAGCCGUCCCGCUCCUCCAGUGUAGAGAAAGAGCCUGGUGGAGAGGUGGUGGUGAAGAAGGACGCAGACGAGAACAAGGAAAACGUGCAGGUGGAGGAUAGCCGCGUGAGAGACGAGUGCGGACUCCAGUACGACCAGGACAGCUGGAAUGAUUCAGUCAUCUCAGGGACGCUACCUCGCAGGAUGAGGGAGGAGCUCUUGGCUGUGAAGCUGCGGAACCGGCCCAGUAAGCAGGAGCUGGAGGAGCGCAACAUCUUCCCCGUGCGGAGCGACCAGGAGCGGCAGGAGAUCCGGCAGCAGAUCGAGAUGAAGCUCGCCAAGAGACUGAGCCAGCGGCCGGCUGUGGAGGAACUGGAGAGCCGGAACAUCCUGAAGCAGAGGAACGACCAGACGGAACAGGAGGAGAGGAGAGAAAUUAAACAACGUCUAAACAGGAAGCUGAACCAGCGGCCCACGGUGAACGAGCUUCGGGAGAGGAAGAUUCUGAUCCGCUUCAGUGACUAUGUGGAGGUGGCCAAAGCACAGGACUAUGACCGGAGAGCAGACAAGCCCUGGACCCGCCUCUCCGCUGCCGAUAAGGCAGCCAUACGGAAGGAGCUGAACGAGUUCAAGAGCAGCGAGAUGGAGGUGCACGCCUCAAGCAAGCACUUCACCAGGUUCCACCGGCCGUAGUGACCUUUCUUCUGUGAAGAAUUGCUGAACCUGUUUCUGUCAGUGGACGUCUGGCAAGAAAUCCUCCAGGACCUGGGGGGCCUGGCAAUUCCAGUGUUCUGGCCCAGAACCUGGGGGUCCUGAAGUCUUGGAGGCUGCAUCACCACAGCGAAUGCUCUCUGGAGAACAUCUCCGACGCAUAUGGCGACACGGACAUCUCCCAAGGGCUGUAGCAAGGAUCCUUACCGAGCUUUAGAGUUCGGGCAGAUGGAAAAUAUCUACCAAGGUUUAGAGGUUGGGCAGAGGGUGAAGAUCUGUGCUGUGGUUUAGAAGUUGGGCAGUGAACAAAUAUCUUUACUCAUGCCUUGAAGCAGAGGGCCAAGUUUGGUAUUGAGGUGUAGAGGUUGGGUCCAUACUUGCUGUUCAUUCCCAAGAGGAUUUUUUUACUGACCCCUUUUGAAGGGGUGUAAAUUACAGGCAGAAGUUGUUUGAGUGACCAGCUUUGCCUUUUGUACACUGUAAACUUUGUCACAACUGGAGAGUCGUGGGCUCUCAUUGAUCAAGAGCAAAUUUCAAACUACCAACUGUAUAAAUGUAAAUCAUAAAAGCACUGUGUCCAUGUCUUUGCA